GGGAAGCACAAGAAGAACUCAAGUGGCUUUUGAGGCGAGUCAACAUUGUAUGAAGAAUUCCCCUCAGUGAGUCUUUGAGAGAGCCUAUGCAAACAAUCACGACUCAGACGUAUACACUGCCAACAGGAAAUAACGCUCGUCCUUUCCUAGAACCGCAGCAAAGGACUUUGUGUAAUUAUGGCUGGUUUGCACAAACCACUCAUACCUGUCAGCCUCUGCUGCACCUUGCUUGCUUUGUUAUCAACCAGCCGAGCAGAAAUCUUUAAACCUGUUUCAGGAAGACCAGACCAGUCUCGGGAUUUGCUCUUCUCUUCAUUUCAAGAGAGUGUGCAGAUGGUCGACCAGGCGUACCAACACACUAAUGCGAGGCGAAGCAUGGCGCAAUCCCCCAUGCAGAUGUUCACGCUUCUAAGGCAACCGGCAUCAGAGACCCUGGAGAUAUCAAAAGCAGCGGAAGUCUUUGAAAUGACUUUACACCUCAUAAAGGCCAAGGCAAGCCGGAGACAUAAAAGAGCCAUAGCUUUGACAGAGUACCUCUCCGUAGAGGAAGUGGAGCUGAUUGCGAACUGGUCUGGGUGCCCUGCCCCCGUGCAGCCAGCCUGCUGUCCCUAUGGAGACCAGUCAAGCAAAUACCGCUCCAUCGAUGGAGUCUGUAACAACAGAAAUAACCCUCUCUGGGGAGCCGCCAACACGGUAUUGGCCAGAUGGCUCCCGGCGGAGUACGAAGACGGGAAGAGCCAGCCCAAAGGCUGGAACGCCGGCCGCAACUACGGUGGCUUCCAACUCCCUCCGGUGCGUGAAGUGAGCAACAGAAUUAUGCAGGGCUCUCCCGGCGUGCCUGUCCUGGAGGAUGAAGACUACUCUCAGAUGCUGGUGGACUGGGGCCAGUACAUAGACCACGACAUCUCUUUCACUCCGCAGAGCAGCAGCCGCGCAGCCUUCCCCUCAGGACUGGACUGCUUGAGCACGUGCGAAAAUGCUAACCCAUGCUUCCCCAUUGAGAUCCCCCCCAACGACCAGCUGUUCACGAAGAAGAGCUGUCUCCCCUUCUUCCGCUCCUCGCCGGCGUGCCCGAGCGCAGCGGAGACGAGCGGCCCUCUCCGCGACCUGCAGCAGAUGCUCCAGCGCCAGCAGACCAACGUCAUCACGUCCUUCCUGGACGCCUCCACCGUGUAUGGACACAGCCCAGCUUUGCAGGGCCUGCUGCGCGACCGUGCCAGCUCUGCCGGCAUGCUGGCAGUCAAUCACUGGUUCGCCGACACCAGCGGGCGGCCCUUUCUGCCGUCUGUCGCCCCUGACACCCCAUCAGCGUGCUUUCAGGAGCACUGUGCCGGCGGUGGUGGGGGUGGCGUUUGUGGCGCCUCUGAUGGAGCAGGGAGGGAGCGGGUGGAGUGUUUCCUGGCAGGGGACAGCAGGGUGAACGAGGUGUUGCCCCUCACUGCCCUUCACACGCUAUGGGUCAGGGAGCACAACCGAGUGGCAGCCACUCUGAAAGCUCUCAAUCCCCAGUGGAGCGCAGAGACCACGUAUCAGGAGAGCCGCAAAAUCAUCGGAGCGCUGCACCAGAUCAUUACCAUGAGGGACUACGUGCCAAAAAUUAUUGGACAGAAGGCUUUUGAUCGAUAUGUUGGCCCGUACAGAGGUUACAAUGACUCGGUGAAUCCUUCGGUCUCCAACGUGUUUGCCACGGCUGCGUUCCGCUUUGGUCACGCCACCAUUCCGACAACGUUGAGGAGACUCAACGAGAGCUUCCAGGAUCACCCACUGUACCCUUCUCUCCCACUGCACCGAACCUUCUUCAGCCCCUGGAGGAUCGUUAGGCAGGGAGGGCUGGACCCUGUGAUCCGUGGCCUUUUGGCCCAGCCCGCGGCCAAGGUGACCCGGGACCACUUAAUGAGCCAGGAGCUGACAGAGAGGCUGGUGGUUCUGACUGUUCCCGAGACUCUGGACCUGGCUGCCCUGAACCUCCAACGGGGACGAGAUCACGCUCUACCAGGGUACAACGAGUGGAGGAGCUUCUGCGGCUUUGACCGAGCGUCGACUCCGGCGGACCUUGGUAGGGUUAUAAAUGACGGGCGCCUGGUUGAAAAGAUUAUGGAGCUGUAUGGGAACCCUGACAACAUUGAUGUGUGGCUGGGCGGCCUGCUGGAGGAGCCACUGCCCGGUGCCCGCACUGGCCCACUGUUUGCCUGUCUGAUCGGGAAACAGAUGAAAGCACUUCGCCAGGGAGACAGGUUUUGGUGGGAGAGCCCAGGCGUGUUCACACAGAAGCAGAGGGAGGAGCUGAUGAAGCACUCUCUGCCGCGUGUCAUCUGUGACAACAGUGGGAUAGAGGUCGCGCCCCCGGAUGCCUUCAGAUUGGCUCGAUACCCACAGGACUUUCUCCCCUGCAACAGUGUCCCCUCAAUGAACCUGGAGGCUUGGAGGGAGAGUUAGGGCCAAGGUUCGGCGUCCAGUCUCCUCACCUUCUCUAUUGUCUUUCCAACAGUGUAAAGUGUUGUACAGUAGAACUGCUUGCCACUGUACCUUGGUCUCACUUUAUUCUCCCCUUAAAAAGCAGUCUGCUAUUGCAGUUCAUGGAGAUAAGAGGUACAAUAUACUCAGUAUACUAGCAGAUUUUUUUUUUUCCAUUCGAGAUCAACUUGCUGUUUGCAUAGCGAUGUACAGGCUAUA